AUGGGAAAAUACGAUUUCCCAGCCGAUUGGCCUGAUCUAAUCACAGUAUUGGCACAGAAUCUAACGGUUGAAUCGGACAAGCUUCUCGCAACCCUUGCAGCACUGGAUGAACUAUGCCGACAUUUUCGACAUGAAAUGAAAUCCGAAAAACUGUGGCGAGAAUUGCUAAUUGUCUUGCAAGCUGUAGCAGCUCCUUUGACAGAUUUGUUCACGAAAUUGCUUGAAUGCCUGCCGAACGAUUCUGCGCCCGAAGCACAAUGCCAGACAUGGCUUGAACAUAUCAGUUUGAUCACGAAAUGCUUCCUCUCGCUUAAUUCACAGGAUCUUCCGGAGUAUUUUGAGGUAAACCUGAAUUUUUUUGCCCUUACAUCGUACCUCAAAAUUUCUUCAUAG